GCAGGCAGGUUGGGUCAGGGCACGCCAGCCCCGGCUACCGAGACGGCUCAGCAGCCUGGCUCAGUUUGGUCCCCGGGCUAGAGAAUCUCACUCGCGAGGGCACCGCCAAGGCAUCCGUCUCCGCCGCCAGCCUCAGAUCUGCAGAACAGAGCCUGGCAUCCUGCUGGCGGUGCCUGCAGACUUGCUGCCCGUAGGACUGUGCUAGACAGUCCGUGCCAUUUCAGAAGGAACCCCCCCCCCCUUCCAAGCCAGCUGGCCAGCGACCAUCCAAAACGUGCCAACGGGAGGUCCCUAGUAAGCUGACCUUAUCCUGCUCGGGUGCCAGUCCACUGGCAUCAUAAAGAGGGGACGUCAAGCCAGUUAAGUCCAUUCCUUGUGCUUCAGCGUUUGUUCUGUGCCUCCAGCAUCGUCCUCCAGCAAGACAAUAUUUUAAAAUAAUCAAAUAAAGAUUGUACAGCCAUCUGGACCUCGUUUGUGCCAUCUGGCAGUUACCCAAAGCAGUGGCACAGAAGACAUUGCUCGGUCCAGCUCCAACAACGGCCCAUGCCAAGUGGAAGAGACCACCAGCUACCAUUUGCUCUGCUAAUCAUUGCCCACGUUGUGUCCCUUGCAUGAAACAACAGUUUCCACACUCAGACCAGCCUUCAUUCUACAACUAACCACAGAGUGUAAGGGAAACUCCUUUCAUCAGGAUGUCAGUAGUGCGAAGGAAGUUUGGUGAUGACUAUCAGGCCGUGGUGGCUGCACCACCCCAUCGGAAACGGCAGCGCUUUGUGGACAAAAACGGCCGCUGCAACGUCCAGCACGGGAACCUGGGCAGUGAGAACAGCCGCUAUCUUUCUGACCUCUUCACCACUCUGGUGGACCUCAAGUGGCGUUGGAACCUUCUAAUUUUCUUGCUGACCUACACUGUUGCUUGGCUGGUGAUGGCCUCCAUGUGGUGGGGAAUUGCUUAUUUGCGUGGGGACCUAGAUAUACACCAGAGUCCCAGUCCAGGGCACAGCCCGUGUGUGGCCAAUGUCUACAACUUCCCCUCAGCCUUCCUCUUCUUCAUUGAGACAGAAGCCACCAUUGGCUAUGGGCAUCGCUACAUUACAGAGCGUUGCCCAGAGGGAAUUGUGCUUUUUCUGUUCCAGUCCCUGUUGGGCUCUGUGGUAGAUGCCUUCCUCAUCGGAUGCAUGUUCAUCAAGAUGUCCCAACCCAAAAAACGUGCCGAAACUCUGAUGUUUAGCCGUGCUGCCGUCAUCUCGCAGAGAGAUGGGAAACUCUGCCUUAUGUUCCGGGUGGGCAACCUGCGCAACAGCCAUAUGGUCUCAGCCCAGAUCCGUUGCAAACUCAUUAAGUCACGACAGACACCAGAAGGUGAAUUCCUGCCACUAGACCAAUGCGAGCUUGAUGUUGGAUUUGGAACUGGGGCCGACCAACUGUUCCUCGUUUCUCCUCUAACCAUCUGCCAUGAAAUCAAUGACAAGAGUCCUUUUUUUGCACUCUCGCAAAGAUCCCUAAGGAGUGAGCAGUUUGAAAUUGUUGUAAUCCUUGAAGGCAUUGUUGAAACCACGGGAAUGACAUGCCAAGCCAGGACCUCCUAUACAGAAGAUGAAGUCCUCUGGGGCCACAGGUUCCUCCCUGUGAUGUCGCUGGAAGAUGGCUUUUUCCGUGUGGAUUAUUCUCAGUUUCAUGGCACGUUUGAAGUUCCAACUCCUCCCUACAGUGUGAAGGAGCAGGAACAGAAUUUGGCUCUCCCCUCGCCUCUGAACACCCCAACUGGGAGCCAUAGGAGUCGACGGGAAAAGAUCUCCUCUCUUGACUGUCUCGAAUUUUUUGAAGAGAAAAGCAGCCAUCUUCCCAGCAAACUUCAGAAGAUUUGUACUGGGAAGGGAGAUCUCCAGAGAGGCAUUCCAAGCCUUUGUUCCACCAGUGUUGAGAAAGCCUGCAGCACCGGUGACCUCUUGAAGAUCCAGCAGAUCAGUUCUGUCUGCAACAUGGAGGAGGGAGGUGAAACGCUGAAGUUGGCAGCCUUCAAAACCAAAUCAGAGCUCCUGGCUCGGUCCACUGGGAACCUCGAACUCCAACAGAGACCUCAGCUCUUGCAUACCCUGGGGGCAAGGCUGGAGGAUCAUUUGCCUGCCAAGUUACGAAAAAUGAAUUCAGGGCUUUUCUCUUAAAGAGAAGACAGACAACCAGACAGAUUGCAUUUUAAACUUCUGAAAUUUUCACGAUGUUGCUAUGAAGAAGAUUCUGGCAAGACUGAUCUGGGCUGCCAGGGCCAAUUCAAUUUCAUAACUAGAGUUUAAAAACCAAAAUAAUUUCAGUCAAGAACAAAUUGGUAAGCAGUGGAGUAGGGAGGGAUACAGUAUAUAGUGGGUGAAAGUUAGGCAAAAACUAUAUCCUGUAAGUAUGGAUUAUUUGUUUUGUUUUACUUUUUGAGCUCCAUCCUUCCUCCUUUUGAAGCAUGCCUGUUUAUUAUUGUUCAUUUUGGGAUUUCUCCUUUAGAGAAACAGAUGGGAAGCAGGUGUUAUAAAGCAAAAGUACUCCCAUGAUAUAUUGGGUGCCAUUCCAUCUCCAUCUGAACAGCUGCACAAUCUUUACCCAAAUCAGGAACCAGGCAGGAGCAUCUUCAGGGAGGCAGAUGAAGAAAGCACAUAUAAAAAGGGAGGAGCUUCCAUCAUGAUGGUGCACCGCUGCCUUCAUUCUUUUGACCAAAGCAUUGGGUUUUGUGGUGUGAUGGAAUGGAAUUAGGAAGGGCAGGCUCAGGGAGAAAAACCUUUUCUUACAUCUCC